AUGGAAACGAUAAAUAUUUAAACACUUUUUCAAAUGAUUAUAAUAAAACAUCUUUUUUUGGAUAAAAAGGCGGGUUAUAAAAUGAAAAUAAGCUAUUCUUUAUUUACGAUAAGAAAAAUAAUAAAACAUAUUUAAUUCGUUCUUAAGAAAGUUUAGUUAUUUUAAGCAUUAUAUAGUUUUAUAAUAAUAACCAGGAAAAAAAUAAUAUAAGUAAUUAAUAAGAAGUAUUAUUAUCAGAGUAUACAGGAGCUAUAGAAAUAGCAGUAUGUAAAAAAGACUAAAUAAACUAGAUUUAUACGAAUUUUAAAAAGUUUACUUUUAGAUAAUAUUUUAUAAUUAUAAAAUAAGGAAAAUUUAUCAUAUAUAAUGCAAAAAUAAAAGACAUGA